ACAGAUUUAAUAUGGCGGCUUGUAAGAGUGUCGUUGUUCUCUGUCCUAAUGCGCGCCGGCAAACCGUUAAAGUGAAUCCAACAACCACUUUACUUCAGGUACUUGAAGAGGUGUGCAGAAAACAAAGCCUUUCAUCUGAAAACUUCUCUUUGCAGCACCAGAGAAAGAUUCUUGAUGAUACCUUACCAAUACGAUAUACUGGUUUGUCAAAUAAUGCACAUCUGGAACUUGUGGCCAGCCAGAGAUCAAAGCAAGUGCAGUCUAUUUCUACUUUGGGCCUGCAACUAGAGUCUGGAGAGAGACUUGUAAAGGAAUUCCCCUCAUCAUCUUCAUUGUGGGAUGUUCUUUCACACUGGGAUGUAAAUGAGAAAAGUUCUCAGCAAGGGAAGAUUAUUAAUCCUUUUCCUGAAGAACAGAAGAGUCCAGUGUGCAUAUACAUGACACAAGAGAUAAAAGGUGAAAACUGCUUGCGAAGAGCAACUUUACAUUCCUUGGGCUUGACUGGAAAAAGAGCUGUCAUAAGGUUGAUUCAUAGACAACUGGUAGAAACAGCAGCUGAAAAUGUAGAAAUGCCACCAACAGUGAAAGAUAAGACAAACUCAGCCUCAAGCAUUUUACAGGAUAAACUUCCUUCACAAGAUGUAGACCAGGGUGCAUGCAGAUCUGAGCAAAUGAUGAUAGACAGUGCUGUUGUUACAUCAACAACCUCAUCUGCUAAAACCAUAAUUCAAGAAAACUUAAAUCAAGUCCCUAGAAAUGUCAGGAGAGACAAUAUUGCAGGUGCACGAGGAACUUGUAUUCAAGACAGUAUAAAGGAACCUAAGAGAGCCAGAAUAACUCCUCCAGAGCCUCCUUUUGCAAAUUUUAAGUUCCCAGAAGAGACAGCAGGCAUGGACUUAUUCCAAAGAGAAAGGGCUGAUGCAUCCCGUAAGGAAUUCCUAGCCACACCAUGUGACAGACAGCCUGUUGCUUUUAGUGAAGAAGAUCCAUCUUCUCCUAAACACGAUGAAGGUGAAAUUCCAGAUUCGUUCUUUGAAGUAACAGUGGAUGACAUCCGCGUCAUGUUAAGAGACUUGAAGAAUGAAAGGAAACAAGCAGACAGUGCUCCUCUAAUGACGAGAGCCAUGCGAGAAGUGCGACAAGAAUCUGAAAUGUACAAAUACGAUAAGGUUGUUGUGCGUAUUAAGUUUCCUGACAGGCUGGUCUUACAAGCAUUUUUCAGACCAAUGGAAAAAGUCUCAACCCUGACAGCAUUCGUUAAAUCCCACCUAGAAGAUCAGAAUAUUCCGUUUUAUUUAUAUACUACACCACCUAAGCGUUUCCUGGACAAACCAAAUUCAACUUUGUUUGAGAAUAAACUAUACCCAGCUUCAGUUGUACAUUUUGGAUCUCAACAUCAAAGAGAGCACUACCUUUCAACAAGACUACUUGACAACCUUUCAUCAGUUUUAGAUGCGGAGAAAUCUGUUGUUGAUACUGGAGUUUUGACAGUUCGCGCUGGUUCAAGACCUGAUAUAGGAGACUCGCUGGUUAGCUCGUCCACUGUAUACAGUGAGCAAGGUGUAGGUACAUCCUCGAAUGGGGCAGGUUUCCUUGAGGAACAGAAUUCCGCCCCCAACAGCAAACCGCACGUUGGAGGAACCACUAAAGGUGUAGUGCCAAAGUGGUUCAAGGGAACAGGGAAGUAAGCCUAUUGGCUGUUCGAGCGAAAUAUCCUGUAAUACAAGGUACCAUAAAAUCAAACGAUCGGACGUGGUCAGCUGCUGAGGGAUGGGACUAGUACACGGAAGUUCACAUAGAAUUAUGAAAAAUAAUUAAAAAGAAAUAUUAACCAAAAAAAUGAAGAUCUGAGGCAUGUGUUAUGCCAGUAAAUAACGGUAUAGCUAAAGAAAAUUGCUUUCAGGUGGUGAGCGUCAAUGUCAGUCAUUUUCUUUGAAGUACGCGUCUUAAACACUCAAGUGACAAUCUCCUCAUGUAGAAAUCAACGUGUUAAUUUGUUCUCCUUUGCCGAUCAGAACAAAUAUUGUAACUGAUCGCUUGAAAUACUUGUUCUGUCUCAGUUCAGCUUUCAUAAUGUUGGAGUAAUACUUAUAAAUUGUGACAUGAUAAAUUGGUGUUUAUUAAUUUAAAUCGUGAAAAAUGUAUUGAUAUUUAAUAUAAGCAGAAACAUAAACGAGAAAAUAAAAAUAUCUUCA